CAUUAAUGUCCACUUCUUUCCGCGUUCUUUCUCGGUUGGUGGUACGAACUACGUUGACCCAAAAACCCCAUCUUUUGGUUUCGUCCGUCAAAUUUUAGGAAGAAAAGAAGCGAUAAAUACGAAUCCAUCUAGCCAUCUUGAUGUUCGUAGUAGGAUUCGGAGUUCGGCAGCCGCUGUGAACUGCGCAAGCCAGUACAAAUCGAUCUUCCGAGCUGCUGGUUUCGGAUUCACGGUACUCCUCAAUCUUGCUUUCUAGAAAACCCUACCUAGUUGCGGAGUCGAUAUCUUCUCGACUUCGAUCGAUCAUCGAAGCUCAAACGAUCCUGUCUUUUUUUUUUUUUUUUUCUGCCGGAAUUUGAUCCUUUGACACGGCAUGGUUGUUCGAUAUCUUUGAGGAAUCGGUGCAAUUUGGUCCUUCGUUGACGAGGACGGAGCGGAAGGGUAAGGUUCUCAAACGCUAGCGUAGAUUUUUAGGGUUCCGGGAUUCAUUACUCUGUGAGUUUACUUGUGCGUGAGCAAAAUUCCAAAACCAUAGAAAGAACUGCCUUUUGAUCUCUUACACGGAUCAAGAGUCGUGACAUAUAAGGGGAAAAAAUCGGAUGGUAACUUGGAGCUCUUGUAAAGCUCAGAGCUUUGAUGAAUUCACGGCGAUCCAAAUCCGUGAAGCUUGUUUCGUCCCAUUCCCAAUCCAUAGAAGUAGAGUUAGGAGAGUGCUCCCAAAUGGGUUCUUCCAUUGACAACACGGUCUACUGUUGCAUCGCCAAGGGGAACAAGAUUCUGUAUUCUUACAACAGCAAAGGCCACGAGCUCGAGACCUUGGCCAUUCUCUGCCUUGAGAAUGCGCCAGCUUUCCACAAAUGGUACUUCCACUCCAUCGGGACCAGGACUUUUGGAUUCUUGACGGCAGAUGGCCACACAUACUUCGCCAUCAUUGACCCUAGCGUCGGGAAUUUGGCGAUUCUUCAGUUCCUGGAGCACAUUCAAGAUGGUUUCAGGAAGGUGGCAAAGAAUGGUUUUCAUGAUGACUUGGUGCCCAUCGUCCAGCGGCUCAUAGCAUCCUUGGAGAACAUGCCUCGAUACGCCUUCUCAUUGGACGACAAUUCCGAGGGCACAGCAUCUAGUGAUGGUUCCACAUCGACAAAGGCACCAUUGCUAGGGAAGAACAGUGGCAACCAUCACGACAAGAAGAAGAUGAAGGAUAAAGUGCUUCAAAGUGAUGAUGUGAUUGAAGAUGAUGCUGAUAGGACAGUGAAGAUCGAUAUGCCACCACAGACAGUUGGUGCCAUGUCACUGCCAAGGAGCUUGAGCUCGACGAGACUUCGUGUGCAACAAGCAGGAAGGAGAUUGUGGUGUCGGCAUGUAAAGAUAGUGAUAGCUACCGAUAUAAUCAUCUGCCUGAUCCUGUUUGGUGUUUGGUUGGCAGUGUGCAGGGGCUUCCAUUGCGUAUCGGGGAAAUAGAAGAAGAGGGAUUGCAUUUGUGAACAAGAAAGGUAAGAAACACUUUGCUAGAUGGAUUCAAGUAGUUUCUUGCGUAAGAAGCUGAGAUGUAGUUUUACAAACAUGGAAAGAAAUUUCGUUAGCAUGUGGAUGAAUCCCCUCAGAAAGAAUAUGAAUUGAGACGUGCAGUAUUCUAGAAAGUGAUGCUGUGAAGAUUCAGGUGAAGGAAGAAAGUUCUUGGAUAUGCAGCACUUGUGGCACGCCAGUGACUCAUUGCUGUCCGCGGCAUAAAAUAUACGAUACUUGUUGCUAGUGUAAUAUGAAUACUUGUUUUUCCUCCUUUUUCUUGGUUCUUGUGGAUGUUAGUCAUACGUCAACAGCUGUUCAUAUGUAUCAUAUUUCUAGAUCGACUUCUCGCUUAGAGGAUCUUUGGCAUGAUGACAAUGCUUAAAACAUUCGAGCUUUCUGUUUGUCUUAAAAUGAUGUGAAAUUUCCCGAUUGCCACUAA